UCAACUUCGAACUCUAUCUGUUUGUUUGAGUGUUUUCUUGCAAGCCGCUGGCUGCUUCCAUUCGCUUUUUGACUUAGAGUUGUUGACUCGAUUCCAUUCCUUCUCUGCAUAUUCACUCCUUCGCUUCAUACGAUCAUUCCUGAAUCUCUUGCUGCUUGAAACAUUGUGUUGAACACCCACUUGCCGUUCAAGACCAAAUAUCCCCGUCGACGCCAUGAAGUCCCUUCUCUUCAUGCUACCCCUCUUCAGCCUUGUGGCCUCCAAACACCACCCGCAUUCCCAUUCCAAGCGACCUUGUUCCCAAGGCACCGUUACCGUGACCUACACGCCUACCGUCACCCUUAUCCCCAUCUCUUCGGAUGCUGCUCCCAUUUCAACACCCAUUUCAGAUUCCAGCUCUGCUCUAGAUGAUGCAACGACUGUCGUCACAUCAAUCAUCUACGUGACCCCCUCGCCAAUCCCUUAUUUCCCGAAUGGAACCUUCAACUCAUCAGCUCCAUCUGGUCCAACCGGCCCAUCAACCUUGUCAUUUGUCUUCGCCUCCUCCGCCAUAGAAGAUGCGUCUACCGCCGCUCCAGUCGAAACCAACAUCCCAACAUCGGAAGCAGUAGUGAUCCCCAGCUCCUCCGCCGCAGCAGUUCCCUCCGCAUCCCCUUCUUCCUCCUCUAACCCAGUAACUGGGACGGAAGGUGCCCUCAGCGGAACCAAUUCCGGCGAGGCCACCUUUUACGGCGGCAACGUUGCUGGCGGAAUGUGUUCUUUCACCGGAUACACUAUCCCAUCUGGAAUCUACGGCACCGCGCUAUCCGACUCGAACUGGGCCGGUGCAGGCAACUGUGGUGCCUGUAUUUCGGUAAAGGGUCCUGAUGGGAACUAUAUCAAAGCUAUGAUUGUUGACCAAUGUCCCGGCUGCGGCACCAACCAUCUCGACCUCUUCCCCGAUGCCUUCAGCGCCCUCGCCGCGCCUUCCAAAGGCGUAAUCCCAGUCUCCUGGUCCAUCGUCCCUUGCGGCAUCACCUCACCCAUCGUCCUUAAAAACAAAGAAGGCACCAGCAAAUACUGGUUCUCGAUUCAAGUGCAAAACGCCAAUGUUCCAGUUUCAAAGUUGGAAGUGAGCGUUGAUGGCGGGAAGACCUUCGCUGGGACGACGAGGAAGGAUUAUAAUUACUUUGAGAACGCGAGUGGAUUCGGGGUUGAGAGCGUAACGGUGAGGGUGACGAGUGUGACUGGGGGUGUUGUGACAGUUGGGAAUGUGGGGACGACGCCAAGCACGACAUAUACGGCGUCUGGGAAUUUUGCCUAGACGGGGGGGUCAAGCUCGUGAGAUGAGCGUAUGGGAUGAAGCUGCUAUCUUUUUCACUUCUACUUCGGAGUUCUAGACGAAGCUCCGAGCGACGACUUUUUUGCUUCUGUUUAACUUCUAACAACAUGACCAUCUUCGCUUCUUGUAUGUAUU